AUGGGAUACAGAUUCUACAGGGGAAGAGGGGACCAGACCCCGGAGGAGCUCCCAUCUCCCAGCGGGGCAGCCUGGCUGGAGCUCAGGCCCGAAACAGGGAAUCAGGGGCCCUACACCUGCCAGUACUGGAGAAAGGAGUCUGGGCAGGAGAUCCCAUCCACCGAGAGUGACAAGGUCUAUAUAACCCUGCAGGCCCCCCCAGAAGCUCCAUCCCUCUCCCUGAGCCCCCCGCACCCGAUUUACCUCCCCGGAGAGUCUGUCACACUCACGUGCUCCCCUCCACGGGGGGCGCUGGUGGCUGCCGGAUUCCGGUUCUCCAGAGACAGGGAAUGGAGGAUCACAUCCAGGAGCAGCAAUGCCCACACCCUGAGCAUCACGAGGCCGGAGGACUCUGGGUCCUACACCUGUGCGUACUGGAUACGCCCAUCCGGGCGGAAGAUCCAGUCCCCGGACAGCCGCCCUGUCUCCAUCAUGGUCACAGCCCCCCCGCAGGCCCCCCUGCUCUCGCUGGACCCCCCGCACGCCGUGUAUCUCCCAGGGGAACGGCUCAACCUCAGCUGCUCGGCUCCCGGGGCCCAGGAAGUGACAGGCUACAGAUUCUACAAGCGACGGCCGGAGCAGAGCUCUGUGCAGCUGCCGUCGCCCCGGGGGGGACCCCAGCUGGAGAUCCUGGCUGCGCUGGGGGACGAAGGGCCGUACACCUGCCAGUACUGGAGCAGGGGGUCCGGACGAGAGCUCCCCUCGGGGCUAAGCCAACCCAUCGCCAUACGUGUGACGGAUGGGGGGGUCCCAGUGGCAUUUACCACAGCUCCUAGGAAGUGGCCACCAGAUUCCUGCAGCCCCUAG